AUGUUUGGCUUUGGAGAACUUUGUCCCCAGGCUGCGGAUUCGGAGGAGCCCAGGGCUUCAGUGGUCCUCAAGGCUUUGGAGGCGGUUUUGGCGGACAAAACUUUGGACAAGGAUUCGGCCACGGCAUGCAGGGCGGAUUCGGCCAAAGCGGAUUCAGGCCCGGAAUGCAACAAGCCGGGUUCGGCGGAGCAGGGUUCAGUAGCGGCGGUGGCCAAGGGAGCUACGGAGGCAAUCAAGGCAUGUACGGCGGUAAUAUGCAAAAUGGCAUGCAAGCUUCGCGCCAAGGCCAAAGCCAAGGACAAAGUCAAAGCGGCUACAGCCAGCAAGCUAGCUACGGUGGUGGCCAGGCCGGCUAUGGAGGCAGCUACCAAAACGGAUACGGUCAAUAGUCCUGUCCAGUCUGUGCAAUAUGACUUUACUAUAAGUGUAACAAGUUUGUGA